AACCAGAAAGUUAAACGACCAGAGGACGUCAGUGCUUGUCUCAAAAUUGUUUUCUACGGUGACAAGUGCAGCAGAGUGAAAUUGGGGGGACGGGUGGACUUUGACGAUUUUGUGGAACUAAUGACGCCCAAGCUCCUGGCUGAAACUGCAGGGAUGAUUGGGUUGAAGGAACUUAAAGAUGCAUUUCGAGAGUUUGAUAUAGACGGUGAUGGAUCUAUCACGUCUGAUGAGCUGAGACAUGCCAUGAUUAAGUUACUCGGGGAACAGACCAGCAGAAAUGAAAUUGACGCAGUGGUCAGAGAAGCUGACAACAAUGGAGAUGGGACAGUUGACUUUGAGGAGUUUGUGAAAAUGAUGUCGCAGAAAUGAGGACAACAGAAUGAAUGGAUGACUGUGAAUUGAGAGGAUGCCAUUUUCUAUUUAAUUUUAUGCUGAUGACAUCCUACUUCCUACUGUAGGUACUAGACAGCCACACCCUUACAUUGUUUUUUUAGAUAUAUAUAUUCAAAUUUGUAAAGUUUGUUGUCAUCUAAAUCACCCAGACCUGUCCAACAGAACAGUGAAUGCACACAUUAAUGUCAGUUGGUAAAAAAAAAGGAAGAAAUGAUAAAUAUGAGAAAUUAAAGGUGUCUGCGAGGUUUGG